CCUCACUCAAAUAGAUAAUCGAGCAUACUUAAGCUUAAUCAGACAUUCGAAAUACGGCUCGACGAAGGUGUUUCUGGACGGUAUACCUAAUUGCGUUAGUGGACAUCUAUCCGAUGCUCCUCCGACUUCUACUCUGGGCCUCUGACCUCUUUCCGUGACCCAACACAGGUGCAUGAUCCGCUCUAGGCUUGAUCAUCUAUCCACUUGUCGUUCGAAGGGCGUACGAAGUAGAAACUAGGCUUGGCCAACUUCUCCUUUUUGUGUCUGUACCUUAUCGUGGAUACAAAACCCUCUUCAUUUCAUAUGCCUUCUCAACAGACUUCCUUAUAAGCAGCUAUACAACCUCGUCUAGCCAAUACCCAUCCAUCAUGUACUUCAACUCCUCCGCCGCCACCUACCAGACCACUACCCACCUCAAUCCCGCCGUCUCUCCCUUCCACCGCCGCCUCCCAGGAUACAAUUCUACACGCCUCGUCCCUCUCCCCGAUGUUGCCAAGGAAUUAGGCCUCGGCCAUGUUGCCCUGAAGGAUGAAUCCGAUCGCUUCGGGCUGCCCGCAUUCAAGAUCCUAGGCGCGUCUUGGGCAAUCCACCGUGCCAUAGCCGCCCAAUUAGCUUUCGACCUCUCUACUUCAAUCGAGACUAUGAGCACAGCAGCGAAAGAGGCAGGAAUUAAGCUCGUGACGUGUUCGGAGGGGAACUGGGGACGUGCAGUAGCCCGGAUGGCGAACUAUCUAGGCAUCCCAGCGACUAUUUUCGUGCCGAAAUUCAUGGAUCUGGCCACGCGUGGAAAGAUUGGGAGUGAGGGAGCGACGGUGGAGGUGGUGCAGGGGAAUUACGAUGAUUCUAUCGUGGCGGCGAGGGAGGCGGCGGAGAAGCAGGGGCAAUUGUUGGUAAUGGAUACGAGUUGGGAGGGAUAUGAGGAAAUUCCGCAGUGGGUCGUCGAAGGCUACUCCACCAUGCUCACAGAAACGGACCGGCAAGUUCAAGAGCUUACUGGGAAACCAGCCACCUUCGCCAUCGCCUCUGUCGGCGUCGGGUCCUGGGCUCAGGCCGUUGUCGUGCACUACAAGACCGAGUCCGCGCGAGCAACCGUCGCUACCGUAGAGCCAGAUACAGCCGCGUGUUUGCAAGCCUCUCUCCAGGCAGGCAAGAUUACGACGGUAGACACGGCUGAGAGCAUCAUGUGCGGGAUGAACUGUGGCACUGUUUCUACGACCGCGUGGCCCGUACUACGCGAUGGCGUGGACGUGAGUGUAGCAAUUACAGAUCCUGAGGCGCAUCAGUCCGUGCAAUAUUUGCAUGAAAGGGGAGUGAUGGUCGGGCCGUGUGGCGCGGCGACUUUGGGGGCGCUGAGUAGGCUUUGUAAAGAGGAGAAGGAGAGGGUGGGGUUGGGGAAGAAUUCCGUGGUUGUGUUGUUUAGCACAGAGGGGGCGAGAGAGUAUGUGAUUCCGACGUGAUUGGAUGUGUGUGAAGAACACUUCGAGCGGAAUAUAGAGGCUAAGAGAACACCGAAUGAUAGGUGAGAUCUGUUCUGUAAGAGAUGUGACUACUUGUUCGUAGAAUGAUACACUCCGCCCACAUAGAUUGUGGUGACCGAAGAAAGACACGAUUGAUGAC